AUGGCGUAUGGCGUAAGGCCCCCCCCCGACCCAGACGGCGGUCCCUGCCGCAGGACGUACUGCGGUCGCGGUCGUCAGUGCGUCCUGACGGCCUCCAGCGGGCGCGCCGAGUGCGUCUGCCAGGAGAAGUGCCGUCCCUCCUUCGUUCCGGUGUGCGGCUCGGACGGCCGGUUCUACGAGAACCACUGCGAGGUCUACCGCACCGCCUGCCUGGAGAGGAGGCGGAUCUACGUGGUGCACAGCAAGGACUGCUUCUUCAAAGGCAACGCGUGCACCAUGUCGGAGUACAACCGGCUGAAGAGCACGCUGCUGGAGGUGCGGCCCGGGGGGCGGGCACCCGGGGAGGGGCCACCCGGGGGGCGGAGCCAGCAGAGGGACAUGGAGGAGAGGCGCGCGCUGGUGGACACCAUGUUCAAAUACCUGGACGCGGACGGGGACGGGCGGCUCGUGAGCGACGAGCUGGAGAAGAUCUCCAUGAAGGAGCACCUGGAGCACCGCCUGCUGGAGUGCACCACUCAGGACCUGCUGCGCUACGACGACUACAACAACGACCGACACCUCAGCCUGCACGAGUUCUACACGGCUUUCCAGGUUGUCCAGCUCAGCCUGGCGGAGGACCAGUCGAUCAGCGUCUCCACGGUAACAGUGGGCCUCAGCGCCGUCCUCACCUGCGCCAUCCAGGGGACGCUGCGUCCGCCGAUCAUCUGGAAGAGGAACGGCAUCGUCCUGAACUUCCUGGACCUGGAGGACAUCAACGACUUUGGGGACGACGGCUCUCUGUACAUCACCAAGGUGACGACCAUCCACAUGGGGAACUACAGUUGCCAUGCCUACGGCUACGAAGACCUCCAUCAGACCCAUGUGCUGCAGGUGAAUGUCCCCCCAGUGAUCCUGGUCUACCCGGAGACCCAGGCCCAGGAGCCCGGCGUGUCAGCCAGCCUGCACUGCCACGCCGACGGCAUCCCGAACCCCACGCUGCUCUGGCUGAAGAACGGCUUGGACCUGCUGCCCCGCUCCUCCAAGCAGCUCUCUCUCCUCGCCAACGGCAGCGAGCUCCUGAUCGGCAGCGUCCGGUACGAGGACACCGGCGCCUACACGUGCAUCGCCAAGAACGAGGUGGGCGUGGACGAGGACAUCUCCUCGCUGUUCGUGGAAGACUCGGCCAAGAAGACACUUGCCAACAUCCUGUGGAGAGAAGAAGGGCUGAGCGUGGGGAACAUGUUCUACGUGUUCUCCGACGAGGGCGUCACGGUGCUGCAGCCCGCCGGCUGCGAGGUACGCCGACACAUGGCGAGGACGGAGAGGAUCGUCGCCACCUACGAGGAGAUGUGCCCUAAAGGUGAGGGGGUGUCCCCCCAGCACUGCGUGUGGUCCUCGGCAGUCAACAUCCGUGAUAAGUACAUCUACGUGACCCAGCCCCUCCUGAGCCGCCUGCUGGUGGUCGACGUCCAGGCGCAGAAGGUGGUGCAGGCCGUCAAGACGGAUCCCUUCCCGGUGAAGAUGCUCUACGACAAGUCACAUGACCAGGUCUGGGUCCUGACGUGGGGCGACAUGGACCGAACACACCCGACUCUCCAGGUGAUCCCUCAAGCCAGCGUGGGAGAAGUUCACCACGCCGUCCGCACGACUUUCCAGAAGGUCAACGACUUCUUCAUCCCCCCAACCAACCUCAUCAUCACCCACGUGAGGUUCGCCUUCGUCUUCCUCCAAAACGAACCCGCGGUGCACAAGAUCGACCUGGAGAGCUUCCGCCGGGUGAAGACCAUCAGCCUGAGGAACUACAGCUGCGUGCCGGUCAGCAUGGCCUACACGCACCUGGGGGGGUUCUACUUCGUGCAGUGCCGGAGCCGCCCGGGGGCCCCGGCCCAGCUGCUCAUCGACAGCGUGACGGACGCGGUGACGGGGCCCAACCGCAACGUCACCGGGCGGCCGUUCGUGUCGCCGGACGGCCGCUACGUGGUGACGCCCGACCCGGAGAGCUCGAGGCUGACGGUCCAGACGGUGUCGUUCCGGGGGGAGCUGGCCCUGAACCGGGAGCUGGACCAGCCCGGAGCCGUCUCCGAUCUGGCUUUCCAGCCCUCCUUCGCGGAGUCCAACCAGCACGUGGCGGUCGCCGCCUCGGCCUCAGGCACGGACCUGCUAUUCGCCGACCUGUCCUCGGGCCGCGCCGAGGUCCUCCGGAGCCUCAAGGAGCCCCUGGGCCCCCGAGCCUGGCCCUGGGGAGGCCCCGCCCGGGUGGUGGUCUCCAGCGGCUUGUUCGGACCGUACCUGUUGACGCCGUCGGCCGAGUCCGUCUUCGUCCUGGACGGCAAACAGAGGACGCCGCACUGCGAGGUGUCGGACAUCAAGAGGGGGAACACGGUCGUCUGGGUGGGCGAGGUAUGAGCACGAUGAUUAAUAAACGAAAAGAAAAGAGUCGUAGACGUGAAAUGGUCAAAACAAAUAGAUGAAAAGGGAAGUGUCAGGCCACGUGACUUUAUUAUAGGAUUUAUGUGAACAUGAGUAGUGGACUGGACCCCCGGGACCGAGAGGGGAACACGACCGGCUCAUCGUAUCAAAAGUACACUUAAAAAAUAGAAUAAUUGAUCAAAACCUUUAAAUGGAGAAAACUCCGUUUUGAUAUUGGGAGAAAGUGUCACGUGCACUCGACUAUACAGAAUUGUACAUUAUUGCACUUCCUUCCAUUGUUAUUCCGGCGAAUAUGUACCUGCAGAGGGGUUAUUGUUAUGAUCUAUGAACUAUGCACAACGCUCACUUUUUUUAGAGUAAAAAAAAGCUUCUUUUUUUUUCCUCCGAUUUUUGUUUAUCUCAACAAUGUUUUGUCGUCUUCACCCCGUGAUGCAUAUUAAUCACCACGAACUGUCCGUCCCGCCUCUAGUGUGUGUGUGUGUGUGUGUGUGUGUGUGUGUGUGUGUGUGUGUGUGUUCUGAGUCCUUUUAUUAAAUCGUUUAUCCCCCGGGUCUCGUUCCCCUCUGAGAGCUCGUGGCUCUCCCGGUGCCGGCGGAGGUCACGAGGUCAACUCCUCCCCUCUUCACGG